UUCUACGUGUUGUUUUCGUUUCGUCCUCUGGUUUAGAAAGAUGGCGGCAUCCCAGCAGUCGACGGUUCCAAACUCAAACAUCCCUGAAUAUGAAUACAUCGCCAUUAACACCAAACCCUUUCACAUCGGCUCUUUCCGAGACGAAUGGCUGAAAAGACUGAAGCCCAAAGAUUACUCAUACCAACAGGAGGACACAGAAACAUUUGAAGCUAACUUUGCGGAAGCGAUGGGGAUCCGUGAGGAGACCAUGGCUGAGCUCAGAUCCGUCUGCAGUCUGGAUUCCCUUCGUUGCCACGCUGAAGAUGAGCAGCCUGAUACAGAAGUUGUGCCUCCAGGCUCCACACUGAAAACUCUGAUACAAAGAAAAAAAAGACAAGAUCACAAAGCUUCUCUAAAAUUCCCAAAGAACCGACAUGAUCUCUAUGCUGAUGAGCUGGAGCGUCUUAUUGUUGGCAGGACACCAAAAACUGAGAGUGACCUGAUUCCUGAAGGAGAAAUCAUUCUCACCAUCAAUGUGUACUACCCAGCUGUUUUUGAGAAGUUUAGUUACAUCCGCCCCCACAUGACUCUGCUCAUGAUGGGCUCCCACAACCUCACCGAGCUCAGAGAUGCUAUUUGCUGCAUCAGCGACUUGCAAGUGUGUGGCGAGUUCAGCGGGACACCAGACGUGGCUCCAGAUUUCAUCUGCAAAGAUCAUUUCAAGUCGGCCUUCUUCUUCUUUGAAGGAGUUUUCUACAAUGACAUGCGAUUCCCCGAGUGCCGGGACAUCAGCGUAACGACUGUAGAGUGGGCCAAAUCCCAUAACUUCCCACCAUUCACCCAAGCCAAGAUGGAGGACACGCUGUUACAGGAUCUGAGGCUGAAGGUGGGCUUCCCGUACCUGUACUGUCAUCAGGGAGACUGUGAACAUCUGGUGAUCAUCACAGACGUCAGGCUGGUCAACAAAUACGACUGCUUAGAUAAGAAGCUGUACCCUCUGCUCACACACAAACACAGAGUCCUCACACAGAAGUGUGCCGUCUGCCAUCUCUUCAUUGCCAGAUGGUACACCACCAGCGACCAGUUUGCUCCCAGUGACCCGUGUCUCUUUUGUGACAAAUGCUUCCGGAUGCUGCACUAUGAUGCUGACGGCAGGAAACUAGGAGAGUUCUCAGCUUAUCCUUACGUGGAUCGAGGCGCAUUCAACUGAGACUGUUCUGUGCUGAAGCCUCAGGGAAUUUAUGUUUGACUGUUUGAGCAGUUGAAUGUUCUUUAUUUCUGAUAGAAAUGUUUAUGUUUUUGUGCUCAAACAGGCUGUGGAUUUGUUCAGAGCGUUUUUGAAAUAAAGCUGAACUUUUUUCGUUU